AUGCAAACACAAUGCGAAAAUCCUGUUUUGGCGGCGACUCCAGAUUCUGACUGUUCGGGAUUCGGUGUGUCUCCAUCUACCGUCUCCUACACCGGAAGCAUUUAUGAGAACGAUUCAGCCCUUACCUCUCAACCCAAAAUGACACUAGGGACAUUCCUUCCAGAGGACCAGAGAGAGGAUCGUACAUAUUCAACUCCUGGUCAAUUUCCUGCCUUUUUUGAACACGUUAUGCUCCCGAGCUUAGGAACGGAUACACUUCCGAUACAGCAACCCCCUGCCUUUGAAUUUAUGCAGGACAUUGACUUCGCUUUGUCAGAGAAUGACGUGUUUGGAACCAGUUUUAUUCCAGAUCUAGACAAAAUCAUCGAUAUGUCUGCUCCUUUCUGUGAUAUCGACCAGCAGUCCACGCCUGAUGAUCAAGAAUCUGCAAGUCGACGUGCUGCUGCUUUUCAGCGAUCGCUAUGGCUUUGGAAGCCAGCGAAGAAUCAGCAUGGAUUUAGUGAAGACCGACAGAUCCCGCUCUGUGAUGGUGAAAGUAUCCCAUUGAUACAUCGGACGCGCCUUGAUGCGCUUAAUAUCCCCGGGAAACUUUCCAUCAAAGCCAGAGAUGACAUUUUCAAACUGGUUUUACAAACAGCCGGCUCCCAACUCUCUGUAUCGGCCUUCCCAUCUCCCGAAUAUCUUGAUACUCUUAUAAAAAUCGGGAUAGGAAAGAGAAUAGAGACAGACGCAUGGAUUCAUCCAUACUCUUUCUAUGACGAUCAAUAUCAACAGCUACGUCCGGAGCUGUUGACCGCGUUGGUAGCAGCGGGGUGUGUUUGCUGUGGUGCGCCCUCGAUUAGCAAAACGGGCAUCAUUCUCCAGGAGAUCACCAGAGUUGGCUUAGGGCAAUUGCUGGAAGAAGAUAACAGCGUUCUUCGGGAUCUUCAAUACUUGCAAGCAUCCAUGUUGUGGUUGGAUAUUGGGAUUUCGUGCGGAUAUACACGCAAGAUGCAGAUUGCUGAGAGUUAUCUGCAACCACUUUGCACGGCUCUUCGUCGUGCGUCAUGUUUUGACAGGUCAAAAUACUCUCUCAUAACGCCUUAUUCCUGUGGCGAUGACGAAGCAUCAUUACAGCGCGCAUGGCUGGUUUAUCAUCUAUUCACUCACGAUUCGGAGGUCUCUCUGUCCAUGAAUCGGCCUGCCAUUACUUCGUACACGGAGCUUACCUUACCGCCGCCGGCAGCGCGUGAAUUAUGGCUAGCACCCACCGCUGCAGCAUGGAGGGCUCUUUGGAUGAGUCGUUAUCAAUCGGAGGGUUUCUCUGAAUUGAACUUGCGCGACCUUCUCUCCGAUCCAUCCCUUAUCCACCACAUUCCCCUCGAAAUUGAUUCCGCCAUGACUCGGUCUGCUCUUUUACAAGGCCUGGCCAUCCAAGUAUGGGAUUUUUGCCAGCAAAAGCGUCUGUCGGGAUCCCGUGCCACCACCCUACUCUGGCUACAAAGUAGACAAGAAGAUCUAUAUGCGACUCUCAAAACAAUUCAAAAGGAGACACAAGACUCACCGUCAGUCAUAGUCUUGAUGAAUGAGUUCGCAAUGAUGUAUUUACACGUCGAUAUUGAUGCAAUCCAGCGCUUCGUCGGAAAGAUGGGGGAGCGGGAAGCUCGCCAUGCGUACCCCGCCUUGCGAGAGUGGAGCCGAACCAGAGAGGCUCGGAAUGCCAUCUGGCACGCGGGCCAAGUUCUCCGCGCUGCACGCAUAGUGGAGAUUUAUCAAUUCCGUGGGUUUGAUUCUCUGUCCAUCUAUCACGCCUCUUUGGUUCUGUGGGUCUACGGCUUACUGCAAUGUGGGGAGAAAAUCCUGGAGGUCCAGACCACGAUGAGUGACGCUGACACGCCGAAUGUUUCUUUGGACGGACCGGAGGAUCAAUUUACUAGAGCCUUCCUAACUCGAGGCAUGGGUCGGCCGGGUUUGACAAUGAAUCACUGGGACUCGCGUUCCUUUUGUGAGUUGACAAAGCCUCGGUCGGUGAUGGUUGUGGCGCGACAAGUGUUUGAAGGAAACUGUCCGCUUCCUUUACCAAGUGAUAUUCGCCCGCCAAUGAUUCAGAACUUAUGUUCGCUUAUUGAGGAAUUAGGGAAUCUACCUUGA